AUGAGGCGUAACGUGAAGAUUCUGUUUUUUCUGGGCACAGCCUGGAUUUUCGUCCUGUUUUACUUCAUGCAGCCUGAUUCGGCACAGACUAAGGAAGAAAACAUAGCUCUCAGGCUUAUAAAGCAGCAUUCAGAUGUUGAGGAGCCUGAGAGCAGUCCCGCUUCUCCCGAGGAGUACGGCACGGGUAGCACGGGGAGGUACUUCGAUGAGACGGGGUAUAUCGCGGGUGGCGCAAAGGACAACGACCCAUACGUGCGGAAUCGAUUCAAUCAGGCAGCGUCUGACAAUCUGCCCAGCAACCGAGCCGUCCCAGACACUAGAAAUGCCAUGUGCCGAUUAAAGAAAUACGACGAAGACCUGCCACAAACUAGUGUUAUUAUCACAUUCCACAACGAAGCUCGGUCGACACUAUUGCGCACCAUAGUGAGCGUCCUGAACCGAAGUCCGGAACAUCUCAUAAAAGAAAUUAUUUUAGUCGACGACUUCAGUGACAAUCCGGAAGAUGGCGCUGCUUUACGAGCAAUACGUAAGGUCCACGUUAUUCGUAACUCGAAACGCGAAGGGCUCAUGAGAUCCCGAGUCCGAGGAGCUGAUGCAGCCACCGCACCCGUCCUCACCUUCCUCGAUUCUCACGUCGAAUGCAACGUACACUGGCUGGAACCAUUGUUGCAGAGGAUAAAAGAGGAUCCAACUCGUGUGGUCUGCCCUGUCAUCGACGUGAUCAGCAUGGACACGUUCCAGUACAUUGGAGCGUCAGCGGACCUGAGAGGAGGUUUUGACUGGAACUUAGUGUUCAAGUGGGAGUACCUAUCACACGCUGAACGCAGCACUCGCCUCAGCGAUCCAACGCAAGUGAUAAGAACCCCGAUGAUAGCUGGAGGACUGUUCAGUAUGGAUAGAAAAUACUUCAACAAGUUAGGCAAAUACGACAUGAAGAUGGACGUAUGGGGUGGUGAAAACUUGGAAAUCUCGUUUAGAGUUUGGCAAUGUGGUGGAUCACUGGAAAUAGUUCCAUGCUCACGCGUCGGACACGUGUUCCGCAAACGACAUCCGUACACGUUCCCGGGAGGCUCUGGCGCUGUAUUUGCUAGGAACACAAGAAGAGCCGCAGAAGUCUGGAUGGAUGAUUACAAGGAACUCUAUUACCGGUCUCAACCUCUUGCCAAACAAGUUAAUUAUGGAGAUAUAUCAGAACGUGUUGCAAUACGAGAGAAGUUGCACUGCAAACCAUUCAGUUGGUAUCUCGAACACGUGUACCCAGAAUUGCAAGUUCCUGCUGUAGGAGGAGCGUCUUUUGCUAUAAGACAAGGACCGAGGUGUCUUGACACCAUGGGACACCUUGUUGACGGCACUUUGGGCAUGUACCCCUGCCACAACACCGGUGGCAAUCAAGAGUGGCGUUUCGAGAACGGUCUCAUACGUCACCAUAGUCUCUGUGUAUCCGUCGCAGAAGACCAAAUGACCGCCGCACUCGCCGCCUGCGAUGCGUCUGACCCUUCCCAACUCUGGACACGUAAAGGCUCCCUUAUACGACACGUCAAACUCGGCGCGUGCCUAGACUCGGACAGGCCCGCGUUGUACUUGGAACAGUGUGACGAUGAUAAGAUAAGUCAACAGUUUACUUUUUAAAAAUCGAAUGCAUUUUAAAUUUGAAGCAUACGGCCGCUUAUUACUAUCGAUCAUUCUAAGUUGCGAGUCUGGGUUGAUGUGCGUUCUACUCGGAACAAUGACACGAAGAGAAGUCAACAGUUUCAUUCUUGAAAAUAGAACUUAGUUUGAAUUUGGAACAACUUACUACUAUUAAACAUUCUAAGUGCUUGUCUAGAUAGAUCUGCGUUGUACUUGGAACGGUUUGACGACGUCAACAAUUUACUUAAUUUUGAAGAAUUGGUACUAAACUGUACUGAAAAUUUAAUUGAAUUUACUUUUGAAAUAUUAAUUUCAAAUUUUUUUUUUAUUAUUUCAAUUCGGAAAAAUAAAUAUAUGUCUAAACUUAAAAUAUCCUUAAUCAUCAUUCCAAGAAUAUGAUAGUAAAACUCAACAAUUCGGUUAUUUAUUCGGUUUUUUUUUUAAUUAUAUAAAAAUUAAAAUAGUCGUUUUAUAUAUUUCAAUAAAUUGUAGGAACAUGAAAAGUGUGACUUAAAAAUCACAUAAAAACUACUUUGGCAC